AUGUUGGCACGAUCUAAUUCGCUUGGGUGAAUCCCCAGCAGUGUUGCCAAACGUACGAUAAUUAUCGUACAUGUACAAUUAUUUCAAUUCGUAUACAAUAAUACAUUGAUACUCAUUAUCGUACGAUAAUUUGGAACAUAUAUAAUUUGCAACACAACUUAAUUUUUUAUGAAAUUUGCACAACUUUAUAAAUGGAUUAUUUUUUGCGAAUUCUACAACUGUUUAUACCUAUAUGUAUUGGUUCCCGGCUCGAGCGCUCGUGAUUCCCAACUUAAUCUAUACAGGGAUUCCCCUAACCGUUACAUGAACGGCUUGUUUGCGAUCGUUGAAACGUAAAAAGUUAUAUGCAGUUCAUCGUUUACGGGUUUACGGCAAAUACCGUUUUGAAGAAAAUGUCUGGCAGUGAUAGUAAUGCUACAUCUUCUAAAAUACCUAAAAAUGAGAUGAGAACAUAUUUGAAGAACAUACCAAAGACCUAAUCAGAUAUGAGACUCCAUCUAAAGAAUUAAGAGUCUGCUAUAUUUGCUAAGGUCUUCUUGAAUUUUUAUAUGAAUGGAGAUAUUAAAGAUUAAUCAAUUCAAUAUGGAUCAAAUAUUUUCGUCCCUGCCAGGCUGGUGAGUAAUCAAAAUCAAGAAACCAUAACUUCUCCUGGAGCAUCCAAAAAACUGGACACUAUCGACCUAUCGUCAUUCGUUGAUCAAGAUCAAAGAUCAGCUCCAGACACAGACCUAACCUUAUAUCUGGACUCGGGUACAUUUAUAUGAAUCUCAUGCGGAUUAUGAUCAAGUCUGAGUCCGAAGUAGAGAAGCACUCUUAUGAAUACUUAGGCGCGAGGAUCAGAUAAUUCCUUAGAGGAUUUCUCUACCAGGACCUAAUUCCACCUCCCCUCAAAAAUAUCUUUCCCGGUUUUCGGAGACUGGCACUAUUUUGAUUUGUAGCUAAUAGAUACUUAUAAAUCACCUCAGGCUGACAUUAAGAUGACCAGAAGCAUACUAAGAUCAGUUUGCAAGUUGUUUUUUACAUCAGUUGAUUCAACAAAGCAAAAAAGCUAUUGGGAUGAACUCAGGUGAACUCAUGGGAUGCAUGGCUUUUGAAGGCAUGUCUGUAACCAUCAAUCAUAUGGAUGUUUGUUACGACGUCGUACAUCAAAUUUAGAAGUAAUUCAACUUAGAAAGAAAAAAGUAUGAAUUUAAUCAAAUUGUAUUGUUAGUCGAUAGACCUCGUAAUUACACAGUUAAUGAGAAGGAUCAAAAAGAAAUAAAACUGAUAACAACUAGUUACGAAAAACAGCCAAUUACGGUAAUGUUAUGUGUUACUCCUGAUGGUUAAAAAUUACCGCCAUAUAUAAUACUCGCUAGAAAAAAAAUUUCCCAUGUUAUAGUUCUAACGCAAAAGAUGGAAGAUUGGUUGAAUGUGAUAUAGAACAGACGUCGCGGAUAUCUAAGUAAACCAUUAAAUAUGCUAAUACCAGAUGGAUUUCGAGGUCAUUUAAUAGAAGAUGUAAAAACUAAAGUUAAAAAAAACAACGGUGAUUUGGUGAUUAUAGCUGGAGGUAUGACAAGUGUGUUACAGCCAUUUGAAGUUUCAAUUAAUAAGCCCUUCAAGGAUUAUUUAAGAAAAGUAUAAGAAUUAUGGUUAAUAAGUGCCGGCCAUCCACUAACAUCAACCGGAAAAAUUAAAAAAGCUAGUGCAUCAACAGUUGCGAAAUGGGUUAAAUCAGCGUGAAAAGAAUCGCAGAAAACAUAAUCAAGCAUUCAUUUAAAAAAUGUUGUAUUAUGAACGUCUUAGAUCGUUCAGAGGAUGAUUUUUUAUGGGAAGAAGAUAGUACUGAUUCAGAAUCAGGCAGCAAUAAUAGUGUAAAUGAAGUGGUUAAAGUUCGUCGCCUUCACAUUCUAUGUCAAUUUUAAACGUACAUACAUAAUCUAUUAUCAGGAACGUUACAACCACAUUAUAAGCAAAUGAUUAAACAACAUUCGUAAUUUAUUUAUCUUGUGGGUAAAUGAACAAAAGGCAAUGACAACCAAAAUGUAGAAAUAAAAAAAUUAGAGCGCAUGCGUAUUAAAGUAACUUUUCAAUGAUAAACGUAAUGCUCUACAAAUAUAAUUAACUCACAUUUAUGAUUAAUGAUUCUAUUUUUAUUCACAACAUGUAAUAAUGUAAUUACUCUAGAUCUUACUUGAAAUGAUUGUUUUAACACACACCUUACACAGGAGAUACACGAUGGUUACACAACCUUUGUGAGUUAGAUAGUGUCGUAGAACGUUCGUCGCCUUUAUUUUUUUACAUACUAACCCUUAGGGGAAUACCCUUUCUUUAAAAAAUGGCGAUUGUGGCUGGUUUUGGUAAUCCUUUAUUGGACAUUACGAUAAAAAUACACGACGAUAAAUUAUUACAGAAAUAUAACCUCAAAAUCGACGAUCAAUCACAAAUUAAAGAAAAUGAAAUGAAAAAUUUAUUACAAGACAUUAAAGAUUUUUCCAGUGCACAUACUUUAGGGGGAAGUGUUUUAAACACAUUAAGAGUUUUUCAAUGGUUAAAUUCUAACAAUAAUUCUUGUUCCUAUAUGAUUGGAGCGAUUGGAAAUGAUUAUGAGGGAAAAUGUUUAAAAAGCCUCGCUGAAGAAGAUGGAGUGGAAACUUUAUUCGCAAUUUCUCAAGAAAAAUCUACAGGUGUCUCAGUAGCUUUAGUACAAAACGAAACUAGAUGUUUAGUGGCUUAUGUAGGAGCUGCAGAAACAUUUUCAAUUAAAAAUUUAGAACAAAUUACUCAAAAUUGGAAACUUAUCGAAAAUGCAAGUGUCUUUUAUAUAGAAGGAUUCUUUUUAACUGAUCGACAUGAAGUUACUAAACAUAUUAUGCAAUGGACAAGGUCGGAAAAAAAGUUGUUAAUGUAUAAUAUGAGUGCUCCAUAUAUUUCUCAAGAAAAUUCAAGUAUGGUUAAAUAUAUCAUUGAAAAUUGCGAUAUUUUAAUUGGAAAUACCAACGAAUUCAAGGCAUACUUAGACAUCCACGAACCUAAUUCAACCCCUUUAGAUUAUGCCUUAAAAUUAAACAAAUCUUUCCUUCAACAAACAAAUUUUAAAUAUCGCAAAAUGAUUUUAAUAACAGAUGGCCCUAAUCCAAUAACUUGUAUAUACGGUGAUAAUGAAAAAAUUAUUGUUUCAACUGAAAAACUAUCCACAGAAAAAAUUAAAGACACCACCGGUGCUGGAGAUGCUUUCGCAGCUGGAUUUAUAAGCGGCUUAUUUAAAGAUUUUCCACCUGAUAAAUGCAUAAAAUAUGGUUCAUGGGCUGCGUUACAAAUAAUUCAACAAGUUGGAUGUAAAAUUCCCGAUUACUCACCUGAUUUUAAUUAGAAUCUUCCGUUAUUGUUCUUAUAACAGCUAAAAUACAAAUAAAAAAUGUUUACAUAUA